CCCAUCUGCAAGUAUGUGGCGUUCUUAUCACUACCGACGUCGCAUCGCUACAGUUGCUGUAACGUUCUCAUACUGUUGCAUACUACUAAUGUUGACCGGGGCAGCGACCCACAACUUCGAUUCCUAACCCAGGGUGCGGGUUUCCAGCUUGUACGGAAGCACUGCUCCGCCUGAUAACAAGAUAGGAAUAAAGUAUGGAAGCUUCUUCCGAGCAACAUGAUUGGAUAGUCGAUACCUGUCAUCGAAUGUCCUCUUAUCGAGACCCGCAUAGGUUCUGCCCAUGCGCAAUCGGAAUCCCAUAGCGCGGGGUACGUCGUCAGACAAAGCGGCUUUCAAAGUUGGGGUAAAGUCUAUGGGCAAGAUUAAGUAUAUGUAUGGUCGAGCCUCAGAGAUAUUGGGAGUGCGUCGCCAGUCCAUGUUCGUUCUUCACCAUGCAACCUGAACUGAACGCCCUCAAGGGCGACGACAAAGCAGUGGCCAUGUCGAAAGACUUAGAGAUCCAGCUGGACAAUAUGGAUGGCAACUCUCUCAAGAAGGAAGAAAGCGCCAUGGUGGGCGAAGUCGAAGACCUGGACGAAGCGAACCUAUUUCUGCGGCAACACAAUAUCACUCCCCAGUACAUUGCCGAGCUCCUCGAAGACCAAAAUGCGAACAAGAAGGUCUCCAGGAAAGUCGAUUUGCUAUUGCUACCACUGCUAUGCGGAACGUAUUUCCUCCAAUACAUCGACAAGCAAGCGAUCAGCUACUCUGCCGUAUUCGAUCUUUUCGAAACCACUGGUAUCACCGGCGAUCAGUAUUCCUGGCUGGCAUCAAUCUUCUACUUCGCCUACUUGUUCGCAGAAUGGCCAUCAGCAUACCUUGCGCAGCACUUCCCGACUGGUCGAGUCGUGUCAAUUUACUGCUUCUGUUGGGGCUCAGUUAUGUUACUUACAGCCGCUACGCACAACUUUGCGGGCUUUGCUGCCAUGCGAUUCCUCCUUGGUGUCUUCGAGAGUGUCGUCACCCCGGCUUUCAUGAUGAUGGUUGGAAUGUGGUACGUCGGGAAGCAGCAGCCUGCAAGAGCAGGUAUGUUCUACUGCUUUAAUGGCAUCGGUAGCGCCGUUGGUGGUAUACUCUUCUACGGCUGUGGAUACGCAAAGACCUUCGUCGUCUGGAAGAUCAUAUACAUUAUAUGUGGAGGUAUGACCGUUCUUUGGUCCAUACUUCUCUUCUUCAGACUGCCGAACAACAUCAUGACAGCCAAAAGCUUUACUACAGAAGAGAAAGCUCUUUUGAUCGCCCGUGCCGCCAGCAACCGUACUGGAGUUUACAACAGAAAGAUCAAACUACCGCAGGUCUUGGAGGCCCUGAUUGACCCUCAGAUCUGGAUACUCUUCUUCUUCGUCUUAUGCAAUGAAAUGAUCAACGGCGGUAAUGCAAACUUCGGCAAACUCAUCGUCAAGGACGUAGCAGGAGGUGAUCCACUCAAAACGACGCUAUACGGGAUUCCACAGGGCUUCGCCCAGGUGUUCUGGGUUUUCACAGGUCCUUUCCUCGCUUCACGACUUCCCAACGCGCGCACCUUCAUCAUGGCUCUUUACCUUUGUCCCACAAUAAUAGGCACGUGUUUAAUAUGGCAGCUACCGCGCUCCAACACGGCUGGAUGCUUGGCGGGAUAUUACUUGACCGGUUCGUUUGUUGGCUCUCUAGUCAUUGCUCUGCAGCUACCUGCAUCAAAUGUAGGUGGAUACACAAAGCGAACCACAAGCACAGCCUUCGUCUUUCUGGGAUACUGUGUUGGUAACAUUAUUGGCCCUCAGGCCUUCUUGGCUGAAGAAGCUCCCAAAUACGAGACAGGCGUGAAGAUGUUUCUGGGAUGCGCUGUCUCUCAGGUCGUGCUAGCACUUUGCUUACGAGCCUUACUCGCACGGAGGAACGCUCAACGCGACCGCGAAGAAGCUGAGGGUUCGCAUAGCCAAGACGAUGAUCUAAACGACGCGGAUGCCAUCGAGGAUACUACAGACUUCCACAACAGGAAGUUCCGAUAUGCCAUAUAAGCUUGAUAUGGAUAUUGUAUAAGCCGUCACUCUACCUUUCAUCGUUAGCACUUUGCCUUUCUCCUCGAGAUCAUUUCUAAUGAUGAAACAACGGGAAUUUUACCUACCCCUCCUUAGUCUUACUUCUCUAU